AUGAUUCUGCCAAUUUCUGCAAGGAAUGGCAGCACACUGACUACUGCAGGUUUUCCAAAAUUGGUGAGAUUAAUGUCCAGUUUGAACAUCUGCAGUAUGCACAAACAAUCUCAUACCAGAGAGAAACCAUAUCACUGCAAUAUAUGUAGUAAAACAUUUAUAUCUAAUACUUAUUUAAACUCACAUAAACUUGUUCAUACAGUAGAGAAACCAUACAAAUGUGAUGUUUGUGGAGAAAAAUUAUACAAAUGUGAUUUUUGUGAUAAAGCAUUUGCAAGAAGAAAUGACCUAACUAGUCAUAAAAGGAUUCACACUGGACAGAAACCAUUUCACUGUGAAAUUUGUGGUAAAGCUUUUUUCAAUAAUUGUUACUUAAAGAAGCAUAAAAUUAUUCACACAGGAGAAAGCCCAUAUCAUUGUGACAUCUGUGGUAAAAUAUUUGCUUACAAAAGUAUCUUAAAGGACCAUCAGCUUGUUCAUACUGUUGAGAAAGCGUACACUUGUAAUGUUUGCGGUAAAGCUUUUAACAGAACUUCUCACUUAAAGAGACAUAAAAUGAUUCACACAGGAGAGAAGCCCUUCCACUGUGAAAUUUGUGGAAAAACUUUCUCAACAAACAGUGAAUUAAAACAGCAUAUGUUUGUUCAUACUGGAGAUAAAAUUUACAAAUGUGAAAUUUGUGACAAAGCAUUUUCAAGAAAAAGUGGCUUAACUAAGCAUGAAAUGGUUCACACUGGAGUGAAACCUUACUACUGUAAUUUUUGUGGUAAAAGCUUCUGGAAUAAUGCUGACUUAAUAAAGCAUAAGAUACUCCAUACAGGAGUGACUUACGCUUUGAAACCACAUAGCUGUAACAUUUGUGGUAAAGUAUUUGCUUGUGGUCGAAAUUUAAAGAGGCAUAAAGUCCUUCAUACAGGAGACAAAUUUUACUCCUGCAAAACCUGUGGCAAAUCAUUUUCAUGUAGUGAUUACUUAAAGUGCCAUGAACUGGUCCAUACUGGUGAAAAACCACACAUUUGUGAUAUAUGUGGGAAAACAUUUUCAUUAAAAUCUAAUAAAGAAAGGCAUAAAAAAGUUCACACUGGAGACAAACCAUACCACUGUGAUAUUUGUGAUAAAACUUUCUCAGAACGUUCUAAUUUGAAAAGCCAUAAAUUAGUUCAUUCAGGAGAGAGACCCUGCCACUGUGAGGUUUGUGGUAAAACUUAUUUGUGUGUUAGAGAGUUAAAGAAACAUUAUGUAAUUCAUACAAAUGACAAAACACACAAAUGUGAAGUCUGUGGUAAAACAUUUUGCACUCAUCUUUUGUCAUGUCGUCUGUGGGACCCAACAUUUGACGUUAUCAGUGUUGAUAUAGAAUUUUCUCAACCAGCAUUCUUGGUUGAUUCGCAUCACAUGCCCAGACCAGAGCAUUGA